AUGAUGACUCGGCAUUGUGUUUUUCUUUUGAAAAGAAAUUUGUAUAGGAUAAAGAAAGUAGUUCCUUCUCGAACAGUAUUAUUUAUGAACAGUUCAUGUAAUUUUUCUUCAAUAUGUAUUGAUAAUUUACGAAAUAUCGGAAUAAGUGCACAUAUUGAUGCAGGGAAAACAACAUUAACAGAAAGGAUAUUAUAUUAUACAGGUAAAAUAAAAAGUAUACAUGAAGUUAGAGGUACUGAUGGGGUCGGAGCAACUAUGGAUUCUAUGGAUUUAGAAAGAGAAAAAGGAAUCACUAUUCAAUCAGCAGCAACACAUUGUGUAUGGAAUGUAAAUAAUCAGAAAUAUGAUAUAAAUAUAAUUGAUACCCCUGGGCAUGUAGAUUUUACUAUUGAAGUAGAAAGAUCAUUACGAGUUUUAGAUGCAGCAGUUUUGGUUAUAUGUGGUGUAUCAGGGGUACAAAGCCAAACCUUAACUGUUAAUAGACAAAUGGAUAGAUAUCAUAUACCAAGAAUAUUGUUUAUAAAUAAAUUAGAUAGAGAUGGUGCCAAUAUUGAAAGAACAUUAGAAACAAUCGAAAAAAAAUUAAAUUUAAAUACAAUUUUAUUGCAAAUACCAAUUGGAAUAGAACAAAAAUUGAAAGGUGUUUAUGAUCUUGUUAAUAAAAAAGGUUAUUUAUUUAAAGGAAAAAGUGGUGUAGAUGUCGAAGAAAUUCCAAGUGAUCAAGAUAUUUUGAAUAUUGAUUCAGGGUUUCCUAUAAAUUUAGUUGACCUUCUUAGAAAUCGUAUUUUUGAAAAACUUGCAGAUGCAGAUGAUGAAUUUGCAGAAAUAUAUUUAAACAAUGAUGUGAAUGAUAUUAAAAUUAAUGAUAUUUAUAAAACUAUACGUAAGUGCACUAUUCAAAAUAAAAUUGCACCGAUAUGUUUAGGUAGUGCAAAAAGUAAUGUCGGGGUACAAUUACUUCUUGAUAAUGUAUGCAAUUUUUUACCAUCCCCUAGAGAAGUUAAGAAUUAUGGAUAUAUUUAUGAUGGUCAAAAUAUUGCAGAUACAGAUAUUGUUGAUAACGAAGAAAUUAAUGAUAGUUUUAUUAAAUCAAAUAAAAAUAAGAGAGAAGUACAACUUCUUUGUGAUAAUUCUGAACCCAUGGUUGGAUUUUUAUUCAAAAUUCAAGAAGAUUCAAUGCAUGGACAAAUGAGCUAUUUUCGUAUAUAUCAAGGGAAAAUACGAAAAAAAGAUAUGAUAACAAAUAUGAUAACACAUAAAAAAGAAGUUGUAAAAAAAAUAAUGAAAAUGCAUUCAAAUACUGCACAAGAAAUAAAUGAAGCACAUGCAGGUGAUAUAAUUGCUAUAAAUGGAAUCACGGGAUCAACUGGUACAACAUAUACUAAUGGAAUUAAUACAAAUUUCCAUUUAUUAAAUAUAUAUGUUCCUAAACCUGUUAUAUCUGUAGCAGUUGAAAUAUUAAAAAAAGGUGACAUGACAAAAUUAACUAAAGCUUUAAAUAAAUUUACAAAAGAAGAUCCAACUUUUUAUGUAAAAACAGAUGAACAAACAAAAGAAACAAUUUUUGAAGGUAUAGGGGAAUUACAAUUAGAAAUAUAUAAAGAAAGAUUAAAACGUGAAUUUAAUAUUAAUGUAAAUUUAAAAAAUCCUAAAAUAAAUUUUAAAGAAACAAUAACAAAACCAUAUGAAUGUUCAUAUACAUAUAAAAAACAAAAAGGUGGUGCAGGUUUAUAUGCACAUGUACAUGCAAUUUUUGAAACAGUAUCAGAAAAUUAUAAUGAUACACCACAUUGUCAAUUUGUAAAUGAAGUUAUAGGAAAUGAUUUACCUAAAAAUUUUAUACAAUCUAUUGAAAAGGCAUUUAAAGAACAAAUAGAAAAAGGCUAUUUAAAUAAAUCAGAAAUUAUAAAUAUGAAAAUGCGAUUAAUAAGUGGAAAAAUACAUGAAGUUGAUAGUAAUGAUUUAGCCUUUAAAAAAGCUACUAUAAAUUUAAUAAAAGAAAAUUAUCAAAAUUUCUGUCCUGUACUUUUAGAACCUAUUAUGCAUGUAGAAAUUAUUUCAAAUUAUGACCACCAAAGUAAUAUUUUAACUAGUAUAACAAAAAGAAAGGGUUUAGUCACAAACAUAGUAAAUAAUAUGAAUAUAAUAUAUAUAUAUGCAGAUAUACCCUUAAAGCACAUGUUUAAUUAUAUAAAUGAAAUUAGGGCAAUUACACAAGGCCAGGGAACAUAUACUAUGGAAUUUUCGAGAUAUGAGCAAGUGAGCAAAAAUGACCUUGACGAGAUAUUGAAGCAAGCGGAUAAAAAGUGA